ACCCAGCCCAGCACCGAUUGCAUCAAAAAAAAAAAAAUAACAAGGCUUCAUAAUCGUAUUGUAGCGCGCGGGCAUUUGUCAUAUUCAUUUUAUUUAUUUGUAAUUAAGCUAAUUUCAUCACACGAUAGGCAGUAAUUAUGGAGGCUGAUAAAAGUACAAUGCUGGCGGUAUUGCAAUUAUUGCGUAAAUAUAAUUUCAAGGGAACUGAAGAAAUAUUUAGAAAGGAAGCCAAUUUGGUUGAUGUUCCCAUUGACGAAAAUGCUCAAACAGAUUCGGAAGUUAGUAGCGUUCUAUCGGCGUAUAAAAGCGAAGGAGAUCCAGCUCUUUAUGAAAAAGCAUACAGUGAACUCAAGAAAUUCGUCGAGAGCUCACUGGAUAUUUACAAGCAUGAAUUGGGCACCAUACUGUAUCCAGUUUUGGUACACAUGUACCUGGAACUGGUAUACAACAAUCACUCGAAAGAAGCAGCGCAACUAGUUGAGAAAUUCAGUGGCAAUUUGGAACAAUAUUGUCAGGGAGAUUUGAAAAGAUUAUCCAACGUCACAACGCGCGAACAAAUGGCAGGGAAUGAGCUCACCGAUACAUUCAAAUCCAAUCAGUUUAUAAUAAGAAUAUCAAGAGACACACUCUCUAUACUGAAACGACACUUGCAAGAAAAAAAACACAGUGUUUUAUUGAACAUAAUACAGGAACAUUUGUAUUUCGACAUGUACGAAGGAGUGGCAAGAAAUAAGCAACAAAUAGAAGCAACGUCAGGAGCAACGGUAGGAGAAGCAACAAGGCAAGACAACAAGACUAAAGUAUAUUACGGAUUACUAAAAGAACCAGACAUUCAGUGUGUUGCACCAGCAGAGGAAGAAGAGGAUGAUACGGGUGGCGGUGAAGGUGGUGAUAAACCCAAAAAGAAAAAAGCCAAAAAAGAUCCGUUGUUUUCGAAAAAAACAAAAUCGGAUCCUAAUGCACCUCCAGUUGGUAGAAUGCCUCUACCAAACUUGAAAGAUGCUGACAAAUUGGAAAAAGUAAAAGCUCUGCGAGAGGCCUCGAAAAGAGUGGUGUUGGGUCCUGAUGUACUUCCAUCAAUUUGUUUCUACACUCUCCUCAACUCCGCACAUACUGUUACUGCGGCAGAAGUUGCAGAAGAUUCUAGUUUAUUAGCCGUCGGUUUUGCCGAUUCUACCUUAAAAGUAUGGAGCUUAGUACCACAAAAAUUGAGACUCAUGAAAACAGGAGAACAAUUGCAAGACAUUGAUAGAGAAGCUGACGAUGUUCUGGUCAGAAUGAUGGAUGACCGAACGGCCGAAACGUCGCGAACUUUGUACGGCCACAAUGGGCCUAUUUACAGCCUGUCGUUCAGCCCGGAUCGAAAUCUAUUACUUUCGUCCUCGGAAGAUACAACCCUUCGAUUAUGGUCCCUCCAUACAUGGACGUGCGUAGUUUGUUACAAAGGACAUUUGUAUCCUGUAUGGUCAGUAAGAUUUUCACCGCACGGCUACUACUUCGCUACCGGCUCUCAUGACAAAACAGCCAGACUAUGGGUCACAGAUUCGCAUCAACCUUUGAGAAUAUUCGCCGGUCAUUAUUCAGAUGUUGACGUUGUUCAGUUUCAUCCCAACUCGAACUACAUAGCUUCCGGUUCGAGCGAUAUGACAGUUCGAUUAUGGGACUGCGUGACCGGAAAUCAAGUGAGAUUAAUGACUGGUCACAAAGCGCCAAUAUACUCACUGGCGUUUUCGGUCGAGGGACGUUUUCUUGCAUCAGCCGGUGCUGACAAUCGUGUUCUAGUUUGGGAUUUGGCUCAUGGACAUCUCGUUGCUGCAUUGUCCAGCCAUGAAAGCACCGUUCAUUGCCUCUCGUUCAGCAGAGACGGCAAUAUUCUAGUCUCUGCAUCCCUAGAUUGUUCCAUAAAACUCUGGGACUUUACAAAGCUAGCGGAUGAGAUGAGUCUGGAGGAUGUUAAUGUCUCGCACAAUCCAGACGUCAAAACGUCCACGGAAUCUUAUUUACUUCGAUCAUUUCCUACGAAAAAUUCACCGAUACUGGCACUACAUUUUUCACGAAGAAAUCUUUUGCUGGCAGUCGGUAUGUUCGAUUCAGCGUAAAGAUCGAACAGCAUGAAAAAAAUUGUUAUUCGUCAGAAAUCAUUGUCAACAUUUACGAAGCGAAUCUUGAAUCAUUCGUUCGUGUACAUUAUAUAAAAAUACAAGCAUUUUUGAUACAUGAUUACAAAUAUUUUCAACAAAAGAAAACGAAAUAAUGUCAGCCGUAGAACAUUUUUGUUCUCACAACCCACUUUACUGCGAACCUCCAAAAAUGAACCCUCAAUUUAGUAACUUCAGUAACUUUUCGUUAAUAAAUUAAUUCAUUGAACUAAUUAAAGGAACAAGAAAUUUGAAUGUUGAAA